AUAUGUCUGCCUUUGUUGUUCUUAAUAGGAAAAUAAAAAAGAACAUAUGGUCGUAGUAGAAUCGCGCGCGUACGAAAAUGUUGCUCGUGUACAUUUAGCCUAAAGCUAUCCAAACAAAAAUAUAUCUUUACGUUGCUAUAACAACAUAAUCCAGUGUAUACUUGGUUUCGAUAAUGUUGAUUCAAAUCAGUUAAAAAAUUUGAUUGUUAAUUUAUUAUAGCGAUGCCUGUACGUCCAAGUUUUAAAAAAUGGGUUAUAGGAUUUGGCGCAUUAGGUGGUGCGAUGUUCUUUUAUCCACAUGAUAAUGAUAAUAAUAAAUUAUUGCACACGGACAAAUCUAGGAUAUCUUCUUCAUCUUGGGAUUAUAACUGGGAUAGGAGAGAUCCAAAAAGCUUAGUGAAACCAAUGAAAACAGACAAUGAAUCUAAUCAAAAUACAUAUCAUAAACAAUUAAUAAAUAAAACAGCGAAAGCUACACGUCACAUAAUUUUAAUUCGUCAUGGACAAUAUAAUGUGGAAGCUAAGACAGAUGCAGAUGGGACACUUACAAAUCUUGGUAGGCAACAAGCUGAGGCAACGGGAAAACGACUGCAAGAAUUGGGUUUUCCAUAUACUUUGCUUGUACAUUCAACAAUGACAAGGGCUCAAGAAACUGCUAAAAUCAUAGAAAAAUCUCUUAAAAAUAUAACGGUAAAGUGUGAUUCAAUUCUUAAUGAAGGUUCACCAAUUCAACCUGAGCCUCCAUCAUCUAACUGGAAACCUGAAGUAAAUUAUUAUAGAGAUGGACCUAGAAUAGAAGCUGCAUUUAGAAAGUAUUUUCAUCGUGCAGAUUUCAGUCAGAAAAAUGAUUCAUAUACAAUUCUUGUUUGCCAUGCAAAUGUUAUUAGAUAUUUUGUAUGCAGAGCAUUGCAAUUUCCACCCAAAAGUUGGUUGCGAUUAAGCUUGAAUCAUGCUAGUAUUACAUGGAUUACUAUUUACCCUGAUGGUAUUGUAAAAUUAUGGGUAUUUGGUGAAUCAGGACAUAUGAAACCACAACUUAUUUCAUAACUAAAUUGACCAUAGCGUAUCACUUUAUUUAAUAAAAUAUACUUAUGUUAUUUACAUUUGAUAUCAUUUUAAUAUAUAAAUUUUACAAGA